AUGUCGCAAUGGCCAAAGUGGUGUUCUUUUUUUUUUUUCUUGAGGGGAAAGAGGUUCCAAACCGGUGAAUCUGACAGACAGGCAGACACAGAUGCACCCACUGGGCACAUGGGAACGGCAAGGGAGCUAGUCUCUAGCCCAUCAUGGACGUGGCUGGCAACGACGAUUCGCUGUGGAGGCAGAGUCAUCACCGCUCUCAUCCGCAACAAGUCCAAGCAUCUGCAACCUAAUCACACUGAGAUAGCACGGCCAAUCGUCAACGUAGACGAAGGAAGCAGCAGCAUGACAUCAGUCGUCGAACAAGAUUGUCGGAAUUGCACGGUCGCAAACGGAGCCGAGGAUUGGUGCUGUGACCCGGAUGCAGAGGCGCUUGUGUCAGGGCGUUGGGCAACCGGCCCCCCUAUCAUCGUCGCCCUGCUAGUCAUUCUCCUGGUCAUGUCCACGACGGGCCGCCCCGACUCCCGCCGAUCUUAUGCAGGAAGUGUAGACCAUGUUAUCCAAGUCAUCCUCUUUCCUCAUUCGGAGUCCACUACAUAUGACGGUUACUACUAG